CGAAGUAAACUAAAAAAAAAAAAACUUAAAAGCAAAGAUUUUUUAAAAGCAAACUUAAAAUAGAAAACGCUGUGAAAAAAUAGAGAAGAGAAAGAGAUCCGAAUCCAAUCUCGUAUGUAAUCCUCUCACUCACUAAACAAAACACCAAAACAAAACAGCAGCAGUAAGUCGCAGAAUCUUUGUUCUGAAUAUUCAAAUCUCAGACAAUGCUCUGCUAUGUUGGAAAAGCAACCAAGAUUUUCAUUUUCAUCGUCACUGUUGUUGUCGUCAUUGGUCUCGUCGUAGGCUUCGGUAUCCACCGUCGUCACUCACACCACUGCUCCGGCGACUAUUGCUCAUCUCCCUCCGAUUCCUCUUCCCCUUUCAUAACUCCUUUUCCUAAUCCUAACCCGAACCCGCCUGUACUCGGAUCUUCCCCACCCGCCCCACCCGACUCAUCAUCAUCAUCAUCAUCAUCAUCACCAAACCCAUCUGUUCCAAUCACCCCAACUCCGCCGGCGCCGAUUGUAAACCCGAGUUCUCCUCCGCCUCCGUCUAAUUUGAAUUCUCCGCCGCAAUUACAACCUCCUCCGCCGGAUUCAGAUACAACCACCGCACCGCCACCACCUGCAUCGCAGAUAUCAAUCGCGCCGCCACCUCCAGCGGUAAAAUCGGCAUCACCGCCGUUAAAUCCGCCGAGCUCCGUCGUCAACACCCCCGCUCCUGUGCAUGCGAAGCUGGUGAACGACUAAGUAGACCACACCUUUGUAAAUUCGCUAUCUUUCUCUCACUUUUCAGUUCUUGAUCUUGAUUCGUUUUUUUUCUUUCUUUCUUUAAUCUUUAAAUCAAGGUGAAACUCUUUUCUGAUUUACAUGAUUCAUAUAGAAACAGAUAUCAGAUUGAAUGUUUAAACACUUCA